GUGCUUGACCGUCCUCACGUCCAGCCCCCUAGGCCGACCUCAACCCCCCUAGUUCCCUACCAACGCAAUGACGCACAGCGCCGUGUGGAACAGCCACCCGCGCAAGUACGGCAAGGGCUCGCGCGGUUGCCGCAUCUGCCAGCACCAGGCUGGUCUGAUCCGCAAGUACGGCCUCAACAUCUGCCGUCAGUGCUUCCGUGAGCGCUCGGACGCCAUCGGCUUCACCAAGAACCGUUAAACCGGUCCCUGGUCGUCUCUCGAUGUGUUCCCGCCUCUCCCCGACAUCCUCCACCUCUCCUCGCCGUUGAAGCCGCCUCGUCGACAGGCGUCCGCCCGCCUCGCCGAUCCCUCCCACCCUCUCGACCUCCUCCUCCUCCUCUCUCCUCCGCAUCAACUGUCUUCCCUGUCUUCGUCGAUCGACGGCUGCGUGCCUCUCGAGAUGCGCAUCGCCGGCUGGCAAUGCAGCGUUUCCCUUUGUGCGUCGGGCGCCUCGAGUCGAGGAAGGUGGUCUGGGUCGGGUCGGUCGGGUCGAGUGCGUCCACCCCCCUCGACGCGUCGUGGAAAUGGCGAUCUGGGUUGGAGGAUCCCGGG